AUGUCCGCGUUCCCUAUAGUAGACGGCGUGACAGUCGCUAUCCCACCACCAGAGGGUUAUGUAGUCAACUUUGAUCAUCCCCUACAACGACAUGCCAUAGAGUCAUAUGUGAUCUCGGGCAUAGGCACAGCACUCGCUUUUCUUUUCUUUCUCCAGUAUUUAUAUGUCAAACUCUGGGUUUUACGUAAACCCGAUGGGGAGACGGGUAAGACCCUUGCGCCGAUCUGGAUCAAGUUGUCAUCUGCUAAGGAUAGGAAGCCUGCCUUAUAA